AGAGUGUAAAUGAUGUGUCUGGGAAACCUGCAUCCAGACGUCAACACACACACAGACACAGUUCCUUCCAUCCAGCUGGGUUCCUCGCUGGGAGAUAUGCAGCCUAGUUCAUCGCCAGACACACGGUGACAAAUUACUGAGUGAACUGUGCUGGUGAUAUUCACUCUGGAUACCAAGGUGAGAAGAUAAUAAAGAAGGGAAGCAAUCAAGGAAAAGGAAAAGGAGACAUUCCACUACAGCCCCUGUGGAGCUGCAGCAGGGACGAGCCUACUGGCUGUGAUUUCUAGUCAGGAAAGGCAGAGGAGCAAGGAGAACGCAGGAAUGGGUUAUCUGAGGGGUCUCCUUCAGCUUUUGAUAUUCCUCUAUGCAGCAGGAGUGUGUGCAGGUGUGGAUGGCGCAAAGGUGAGCAACGUGUCAUCGCAAAUCUGUCUUCAUCCGUGUGAGGACCUGGUUGGCUUGCUCACUGAGAUCUAUGGCCUGCGUGUUGCGACCAACAACCUGCUUGAAGACUUGGAUAGAGUAUCCAAAGAAAAUGAAGAGAUGCGGAUAUCUUUGGAUGAGCUCAGUAACAGACACGGCAGCGGUACCAGCAGUGGCAAUGGGAAAGGCAAUGGGAGAGGCAACGGGAACGGCAACAGCAGCGGCAGCAGCUACGGCCGUGGCCACAGCAAUGGCAAUGGCAGAGGCAAUGGCAAUGGCAAUGGGAACGGCAAUGGCAACGGCAAUGGCAACAGCAGCGGCAGCAGCUACGGCCGUGGCCACAGCAAUGGCAAUGGCAGAGGCAAUGGCAAUGGCAAUGGGAACGGCAAUGGCAACGGCAAUGGCAACGGCAGCAGCUACGGCCGUGGCCACGGCAAUGGCAGAGGCAAUGGCAAUGGCAAUGGCAACGGCAGCAGCAGCAGCAGCCACAGCCGUGGCCACAGCAACGGCAAUGGCAAUGGCAACGGCAACAGCAGCAGCAGCAGCCACGGCCGUGGCCACAGCAACGGCAAUGGCAAUGGCAAUGGCAGCGACAACAGCAGCAGCAGCAGCCACGGCCGUGGCCACAGCAACGGCAAUGGCAAUGGCAAUGGCAAUGGCAAUGGCAAUGGCAACGACAACAGCAGCAGCAGCAGCCACGGCCGUGGCCACAGCAACGGCAAUGGCAGAGAAUAUGGCAACGGGAAUGGCAAUGGCAGCAGCAGCAGCCACGGCCGUGGCCACAGCAACGGCAAUGGCAGAGGAUAUGGCAACGGCAACGGGAACGGCAAUGGCAGUGGCAACAGCAGCGGUAGUGGCAAUGGUAAUGGCAACGGCAGUGGCAUCAGCAGCAGCAUCAGAAGCAGCCGCAGACGUGGUGAUGGUGACAGCAGUGACAAUGAUCUUGACAGAGACAGAGACAGUGAGGCGUGGUGCGUGCAGGAUGGACGAGUGUACGAGCAGGGGGAGGACUGGGAGGUUGACAGCUGCACCUCCUGUACUUGCCAGGAUGGAAAGGUGGUUUGUCAACAGGCGUCAUGUGCUCCUGUGUCCUGCAUCAAUCCGUCUUUUGUCGAUGGAAGUUGCUGUCCUGUCUGUCUUAAUGAUGAAGAUGGCUGGUCCCCAUGGUCUGAGUGGACCCACUGCUCCGCCACUUGUGGACGUGGAGGGCAGCAAAGGGGUCGAUCCUGCAAUGGUAUCAUGCCGUCCUGCUCUGGCCCGUCAGUCCAAACCCGCAGCUGCAUGAUGAUGAAGUGUGACCGCAAGGUGCGUGCUGACGGGAACUGGGGCCUUUGGUCUCCUUGGUCUGCAUGUACAACCACAUGUGGAGAAGGAAACAUUACACGGGUCCGUCUGUGCAACAAUCCUCCACCACAGAAGGGGGGCAAGGGGUGCACAGGUAGCGCCAUGGAGACACAACCUUGCAACAACACGCUCUGCCCGAUUGCUGGAGGCUGGACGGCCUGGACUGAAUGGUCAGUCUGUUCAGAGACAUGUGGCGGGGGCCUCAUGAGUCGCCAGCGACAGUGUGUGAACCCCGCCCCUCAGAACGGUGGGAAGCCUUGUGCUGGAGAUGCUGUGGACUAUGAAGGAUGUAACAAACAACCAUGUCCUUUAGAUAUGUGCUUGCUGUCAAAUCCUUGUUUUCCUGGGGUUAAAUGCACAGCGCAUCGCGAUGGAUCAUGGGAAUGUGGACGCUGCCCGUUGGGUUUCAGUGGCAACGGCACUCAUUGUGAAGAUGAGAAUGAGUGUGAAGUGGAGGGAGUGUGUGUUACACAGUGCAUAAACACGGACCCUGGAUUCUACUGCCUGCCCUGUCCGCCGCGCUAUAAAGGCACUCAACCGUAUGGCCUCGGUCUGGAUGAAGCCCUGAAAACCAGGCAGGUGUGUGAACCGUACAACCCUUGCAAAGACAACACACACACUUGCCACAAGUAUGCUGAGUGUAUAUACCUUGGCCUGGCGUCUGAGGUCUUGUACAAGUGUGUGUGUGCGGUGGGGUUUGCUGGCGAUGGCUCCCUGUGUGGUGAGGACUCUGAUCUGGAUGGCUGGCCCAAUAAUAGAUUACCCUGCAAGCAGAAUGCCACCUAUCACUGUGAAAAGGAUAAUUGCCCCAUGCUGCCAAACUCUGGACAGGAAGACCUGGAUGCGGACGGACAGGGCGAUGCCUGUGACCCUGAUGAUGACAAUGAUGGCAUCACAGAUGAAAGGGACAAUUGCCCGCUGAUGUACAACCCUCGGCAGUUUGAUUCUGACAGGGAUGGGGUUGGGGACAGCUGCGACAACUGUCCAUUUGAAAGCAACCCUAUGCAGACAGACACUGACAACAAUGGAGAGGGAGACGCCUGCAGCAUCGACAUAGAUGGAGACGAGGUUCUGAAUGACCGGGACAACUGUCCUCUAGUCUACAACACCGACCAGAGGGACACAGACCUGGAUGGUGUCGGAGACCAGUGUGACAACUGUCCACUUCUACAUAACCCAGACCAGCUCGACUCUGACAGUGACCUGGUGGGAGAUAUGUGCGACGACAAUGAGGACAUCGAUGAGGACGGCCACCAAAACACUCUAGACAACUGCCCCUAUAUUGCCAACAGCAAUCAGGCUGACCACGACAAAGAUGGAAAGGGAGAUGUUUGUGACCAUGACGACGACAAUGACGGUAUCCCCGAUGACCGUGACAACUGCAGACUGGUACCCAACAGGGACCAGCUAGACUCUGAUGGUGAUGGCAGUGGAGACGCAUGCUUUGAUGACUUUGACAAUGACAGUAUUCCAGAUGCGUUGGAUCCCUGUCCCCUGAACCAGGAUAUUGGGUCUACAGAUUUCAGGAAGUUUCAGGUUGUUUUGUUGGACCCUAAAGGCACCACGCAGUCUGACCCCCUCUGGGUCAUCCGCAGCCAGGGUACAGAGCUGCUGCAGAUUGCAAACUCUGACCCCGGAAUCGCUUUAGGAUACGACAAGUUCAGCGCCGUGGACUUCAGUGUCACGUUUUAUGUAAAUACCAACCGAGAUGACGACUACGCAGGGAUUGUGUUUGCCUACCAGUCAAGUCAACGCUUCUACGUUGUCAUGUGGAAACAGGUGUCUCAGGCCUACUGGGAGAAAAAGCCAACCAAAGCUUUUGGCACUGCUGGAGUCUCAAUCAAACUGGUCAACUCAAACACAGGACCAGGGGAGUAUCUGCGCAAUGCUCUGUGGCACACAGGAAACACUAGACACCAGGUCAGAACUUUGUGGCACGACCCCAAUAAAAUUGGCUGGAAGGACUACACACCCUACCGCAUGCACCUCAUCCACCGACCCAAGACUGGGUUUAUCAGGAUGGUGGUGUACGAGGGCAGGGACAUUUUGUCCGACUCGGGGGCCGUGUAUGACCACACCCUGGCUGGAGGCAGACUGGGACUGUUUGUGUUCUCUCAGGAACAUGUUAUCUUCUCAGACCUCAGAUAUGAGUGUAGAGAUAACUGAAUUAUUGUCUCGGGAUAAUUUGGGAAUUCCACAAAUAUCCACCAGAGAGAGAGAGGAUACACCAGACUCAGGCGUUAAUCCAGCCAAGACUAUCAAUUAAUGACCAUCCUCUAUCUGUCAGCUUUGUAUGCAACAGUAUUGAUUUCAGGCUGUCUCAUUCACUGUAUAUUACUGCUCUGACAGCAUCUCUAAUGACUGUAACUUCUUGUUGCUUUUCAUUUUGUGCUUCCCUAAUGGCUGUAAAUAAUUAUUUAUUGCCAGAUGCCAGACAUGAGAGGGAAAGAUGCAAAGAUGAAUUGAUGAUGGAGUAAGUGGAGCACAUGUCUGGCGGUUACUUAUCAAUAAAAUGUUUUUUUUUUU